AUAUUCACAGACUUUGAGAGAAAGAAAGAGAGUCAACCGAUCCUUUUUGGAUCUUUGUAUUUGUAAGGCUUCGAAGACUCCACCACAGAUUGCCUUUUAUCUUUCUUUUUUCUUCAACUUCAUCUUCUCUGCAACAAUCUUCUCUCUAACCAUGCACACACCACAACUAUUCUAUUUUACCAUCCUACCCUUUAACUAGGGUUUCCCAUUCUUGUUCCUUCAAAACUCACCUGCAGAUUCUUGUUAAACACUCAACAGCAGACAAAAAAAAGAGAGAGGGAUAGAGAACGAAGAGCUGAGCAAGAGUUUUGUAAGGGUUUGUUUUUGUUUUGCUGGCCUUUUUUCUCUUUCUUUCUCUCUACAGAGAAAAUUUAGAGACAUUUGGACAUUAUUAUACUCUUCUUCAAGUGUAGACAAAUCCGUUUUUAGAAGUGCUGAUUUUAUGAAAAGAAACGGAAGCAAAUCUCUGCUUGAUGAGUGCUGUGUGAAAAUAAUAAUAAUUUUUGUUUAAAGAAAAAAGAGAGGAAAAAGAGGCUAUAAACAAGUUCAUGAGUUUUGGGGGUUUCCUUGAAAACGGAAGUCCAGGUGGUGGUGCAGCAGGUGCAAGACUCGUUGCUGAUAUUCCUUACCACACCAAGAAUAUGCCCACUGGUGCAAUUGCUCAGCCGCGACUCGUUUCUCCCUCACUCACUAAAUCCAUGUUCAACUCACCCGGCCUCUCACUCGCUCUCCAACAACCGAACAUAGACGGUCAAGGUGAUCAUCUCCAUGUGGCGAGAAUGGGGGAGAAUUUUGAGACGUUGGGUACUGGUAGAAGAAGCAGAGAAGAAGAGCAUGAGAGUAGAUCUGGUAGUGAUAAUAUGGACGGAGCUUCCGGUGAUGAUCAAGACGCUACCGACAAGCCUCCUCGGAAGAAAAGAUAUCACCGACACACUCCUCAGCAAAUUCAAGAACUUGAAUCUCUGUUUAAAGAGUGUCCUCAUCCUGAUGAGAAACAAAGGUUGGAGCUUAGCAGAAGGCUUUGCUUGGAGACUAGACAGGUCAAGUUUUGGUUUCAAAAUCGGAGAACUCAAAUGAAGACUCAAUUGGAACGACAUGAGAACUCGCUGCUCAGGCAAGAAAACGAUAAGCUUCGAGCGGAGAAUAUGUCGAUUAGAGACGCUAUGCGUAACCCAAUGUGUUCUAACUGUGGCGGUCCGGCUAUAAUCGGUGAUAUUUCACUUGAGGAGCAGCAUUUGAGGAUCGAGAAUGCCCGAUUAAAAGACGAGCUAGAUCGUGUUUGUGCGCUUGCCGGGAAGUUUUUGGGUCGGCCUAUUUCUUCAUUAGCUAGUUCUAUGGGUCCUCCAAUGCCUAACUCAAGCUUGGAGCUUGGUGUUGGCAGCAAUGGUUUUGGUGGUUUAAGUCCUGUGCCUACAACAUUGCCUUUAGGGUCUGAUUUUGGUGGUGGGAUUUCAACUUCUUUGCCGUUAGUGACUCAAACUAGACCUGGGAAUGCUGGACUUGAUAGAUCGCUGGAGCGAUCUAUGUUCUUGGAGUUGGCGUUGGCUGCAAUGGAUGAGCUGGUUAAAAUGGCACAGACUGAUGAGCCUCUUUGGAUGAGAAGCUUAGAAGGUGGUAGAGAAAUAUUGAACCAUGAGGAGUAUAUGAGAACAUUCAAUCCUUGCAUUGGGAUGAAACCUAGUGGAUUUGUAUCGGAGGCUUCGAGGGAGACUGGCAUGGUCAUCAUCAACAGUUUAGCCCUUGUUGAGACUUUAAUGGAUUCUAAUCGAUGGGCAGAGAUGUUCCCUUGUAUGAUUGCCAGAACUUCUACCACAGAUGUGAUAUCUAGUGGCAUGGGUGGAACUAGAAAUGGUUCACUUCAAUUGAUGCAUGCUGAGCUGCAAGUGCUUUCGCCUUUGGUCCCCGUUCGAGAGGUCAAUUUCCUCCGAUUUUGCAAGCAGCACGCCGAGGGUGUUUGGGCUGUUGUUGACGUAUCUAUCGACAGUAUCCGAGAAACUUCCGGUGCACCCGUAUUUCUGAACUGCCGAAGGCUUCCGUCCGGCUGCGUAGUUCAAGAUAUGCCUAAUGGGUAUUCAAAGGUUACUUGGGUUGAGCAUGGAGAAUAUGAUGAAAGUCUUAUUCAUCAACUUUAUCGGCCAUUGAUCGGCUCCGGUAUGGGUUUCGGCUCCCAGCGUUGGGUCGCCACCCUUCAAAGACAAUGCGAGUGUCUGGCCAUUCUCAUGUCCUCUACUGCUCCGGCGAGAGAUCACACAGCCAUUACUGCGAGUGGGAGACGAAGCAUGUUAAAGCUAGCUCAAAGAAUGACUGACAACUUCUGCGCCGGAGUCUGCGCGUCGACGGUCCACAAAUGGAACAAAUUAAACGCCGGGAACGUUGAUGAAGACGUUAGAGUCAUGACUAGGAAGAGCGUGGAUGAUCCCGGUGAGCCACCCGGCAUCGUUUUGAGCGCUGCAACUUCCGUUUGGCUACCGGUUUCUCCACAGAGACUGUUCGAUUUUCUACGUGAUGAACGGCUCAGAAGCGAGUGGGACAUUCUAUCCAACGGCGGACCUAUGCAAGAGAUGGCCCACAUCGCCAAGGGCCAAGAUCACGGCAACUGCGUCUCCCUUCUACGUGCAAGCGCUAUGAACUCGAACCAGAGUAGCAUGCUGAUAUUACAGGAGACAUGCAUAGACGCAGCGGGGUCGCUUGUAGUGUACGCACCCGUUGACAUUCCAGCCAUGCACGUGGUGAUGAACGGUGGAGAUUCAGCUUACGUAGCCUUAUUACCAUCGGGAUUUGCUAUUGUACCUGACGGCCCAGGGUCACGUGGGUCACCUACUGCUAACCAAAAUGGGGGCCCAUCAGGUAACAACGGUGGCGGCAACGGUGGCCAAGGUCAAGGCCAGAAUAGAGUGAGUGGGUCCCUCCUGACGGUGGCAUUCCAGAUACUGGUAAACAGUCUCCCUACGGCCAAGCUCACCGUAGAGUCGGUGGAGACAGUCAACAAUCUGAUCUCAUGCACUGUCCAAAAGAUCAAAGCAGCCCUCCAAUGUGAAAGCUAAGCUGAUUAACGAUCGUGUCUUGUUUUUUUUAACGUUAGUGUGUCUGGUUUAUAAUUUUAUUAGCUGUGUGGGGCUGGUGAGUGAAACAAAAUGAUAAUUUGAGUGUAAUUUUGUGGGUGUUGAGUCAAGAACGAACCGCGCGCGCUGGCUGAUGACUCGGUUGCAUGCAUGCAGAAGCUAACCUAAUACGCUUUGGCUAGCAAGCAACCUGGUUUUCUUUCCGAAACACCGACAGGGCAUGGGUGGUGGUUCGGGUAUUGACUCAGGUCUACCCCUACUGAGUUUAUUGGGCUCGUGUUUAAGUUUAGUUUAUGAGAAAGAAAGAAAAAGAAAAUUUAAAUUCUGAGACAUUAAUUAAAUUUAAUCCUCUCUUAAUUUUUGUUAAUUAAA